UUUUGAUAUGGGCUUUUCAAGUAUUUGGUUCAUGCUUCUCAUCACAAGAUCUAUAUUGGCACUCAACCCGAGUAAAACUUGUACACGAACUGGGAUUGCUGCGUUUACCACCUUCGUGUUACCGCAAUCUACUAGUAUCAUUCCAUCCUUGACGUGUCCAGCCAUCGCAAGCAAAGGAAUGGCCACCGCUACAGCAACGGUCCCAGUGCCACCAGUGGCAAAGAAAGUUCCCUACAAGCACAAGUAUUUCGGUGUUGAAUAUGACGAUCCUUACCAUUGGCUGAAAGAUAUGAACAAGGAGAAGCGCUCCGACAUUAUCGACUACCUUAACGAGGAGAAUGCUUACGCAAAGACACUCCAUCUUGAGCCCAAUGCCAAGCUGAUCGACACAAUUUACGAUGAAUUCAUUUCUCGCAUUCAGGAGGACGACUCUGAUGUUCCGGUUUACAAAGAGCCCUUUUACUACUACAAACGCACAGAGAAGGGGAAACAGUACUCCAUUUAUGCCCGUAAGAAGGGAUCCUUGGACGCACCGGAAGAGAUUCUGCUCAACCAGAACGACUUUGACCACGAAUUCCAGUCACUCGGGUUUUACCGGGUCAGCCCAGAUCACAGCAUUUUGGCGUACAGUUUGGAUACUACCGGCGAUGAAAUCUUUACAAUUUACUUUAAAGACUUGAAGACUGGGCAGCUUUUUGAGUCGGAUACCAUCAAGGGGGCCUCUGAAGAAGCAGAAUGGACAAAUGAUAACAAGGCGAUCUAUUACUCGGUCUUGGAUGAGAUCCACAGACCUUACAAGAUUUUCCGGCAUCAGCUUGGAACCCCUUCUGAGAAAGAUGAGCUCAUUUACGAGGAAAAAGACUUGAAGUUUAUGGUGGGAUUGGAGAAAAGCAAUUCGCAAAAAUUCAUCUUUGUAUCUGUGGGGAGCUCUUUAACCAGAGAGACCCAUAUUCUCGACGCGGACGACUCCAAAGCCAAGCUCCGCGUGUUUCAGCCUCGGCAGUUCCGUCAUAAGUAUUCUAUUGACCACCAAGGCGACAACUUCCUGAUUUUGACUGAUGGUGGGGGCAAAUAUUUGAAUUUCAAGCUCUGCUCUUGCCCAUUGGACAAGACCGACGCUAGCAACUGGGUUGAUGUUCUUCCGUAUGAUCCUUUGAGGCAUUUAACUGGCGUACAGCCUUUCAAGGGUUUUGUCGCCCUAUAUGAGCGCUCAGAUGCCCUCAAGCGUAUCCGCAUUCUUGAAGCCAAUGCCAAAGGGAACGUAGAUGGCUCAGCAUCGUCAUAUUACCUAGACUUUGACGAGGAGCUUUUUACGGUUGGUGAUGCGGGAACAUCCAAGCAGAACUACGAUUCAAAUAUUGUGCGAUUCACCUAUACUUCGAUACUUACCUCUCCGCAAGUCUUGGAGUAUGAUGUGAAGCAAAAGGAGAAGAAACUGCUAAAACAACUAGAAGUGCCCAAUUUUGAUCCUUCUCUCUACGCGAUGAAGCGCAUCUAUGCUCCCAUCCCACCGGAAACGGCGGCGAAUGCGCCGUUCGAUACUCCCACCCCGGAUCGCAUUCCCAUCUCGAUUGUCUACAAAAAGGACUUGUUCAAGGGCGAUGGAACCAACCCGGGCUAUCUUUACGGAUAUGGGAGUUAUGGUAUAUCUAUUGAUCCCAGCUUCAACUCGAAGCUCUUUAGUUUUGUGGAUCGCGGAUACGUAUACGCUAUCGCUCACAUCAGAGGUGGCGGUGAAAACGGUCGUGCAUGGUACGAGACCGGAAAGUUCAAACAUAAGCGAAACACCUUUACCGAUUUCAUUGCCGCCGCCGACGAGCUGGUAAAACAAAAGUUCACCAGACACGAUAUCAUGGCGAUCGAGGGCCGUUCCGCAGGCGGCUUAUUGAUUGGUGCUACGGUCAAUUUCCGACCUGACGUAGCAGCUAUUGCUGUGGCCGGUGUGCCCUUUGUAGAUGUCAUCAACACCAUGAUGGACGAGAAGAUUCCAUUGACUGUGAACGAAUAUGAGGAAUGGGGAAACCCCAAUGAGAAGGACUUUUUUGAUUAUAUGUUGAGUUAUUCUCCUUACGAGAACCUGAAGAGUGGUGUACAGUAUCCUGAUAUGUUAGUCAAGGCCGGAUUAAACGAUCCCCGUGUACAAUACUGGGAACCCAGCAAAUGGGUUGCAAAGAUGAGAGACCUGGGGGUGGACAAAGGAAAGGAGGACAGGGUCAUUGUGUACGAUUGUAAAAUGGGCUCAGGUCAUUUUGGGCAUUCCGGAAGGUAUGCCUAUCUCAAAGAGGUUGCCGCCGAUUACGCAUUUGUGAUCAAUAGACUCGAAAAGCGGAUCAAGGCACAAAGCCGCUUGUAGGGUAGCCAUUAAAGAGACUUCAUGCAUAGAUGUAGGUGUAGAUGACCCAGGUAGACAGGGCCUAGAAGCAAUGGCAUCAUGAAUCAACAAUUUACCGUCAUUGCGACGAGCAUA